GAUUUAUAUCACAUUUGCUUGCACGUCCUUCAUAAACUAUUCCUCUGCCCAUCUGUCACCGUUUUAAAAGGGCCAUAUGACCUUUCACCACCUUCCCCCCAUUUCUUCUUCUUACCAUCCCUGUGCCUCUAUCUUUCCAUGCCCGGCCCAGCCGCCGACCCACCAUCGUUGUCAUCGUCCUCUACGCACUAGUCCUGCAUCCAAUAUCAGUCAAGCUAUAGUGGGCGGUACCUUUUGUGCUUAAAUUAUAGGCUAUCCCUACCAUGGACGGCAGAUUCAACAGUAACCCAUUUGUUAGUGAACAAGAAGAGCAGGAAAACUCACCGGAAAAUAGUGGAGACUCGCCACCUUCUCCUAUGUUUAAUGAUGCAAAGAUCUCUUCUUCUACGUCUUCCCCCAAACGAAGUAGGCGAGCCAUGCAAAAGAGAGUGGUGUCAGUGCCCAUCAAGGAUGUGGAAGGCUCACGAGUCAAGGGGGACUGUGCUCCACCAUCCGAUUCAUGGGCUUGGAGGAAGUAUGGUCAGAAGCCCAUCAAAGGCUCUCCAUAUCCCAGAGGGUAUUACAGGUGCAGCAGUUCAAAAGGCUGCCCAGCUAGGAAGCAAGUUGAGAGAAGCCGCGUGGACCCCACCAUGCUUGUUGUGACGUACUCUUGCGAACACAACCAUCCAUGGCCGGCUUCUAGAAACCACCACAACACCACCAAUCCCCCCACCACGGCGGCCGCCACCCCUACUCCCACCUCGGCGCCUGCUACUCCUCCCUCACCCAAACCAGCAAUUUUCUCAAGCCAAGCCGAACCCGACCCGGACGAAAAGUUCACUGACCUAGGCGAGGAAUCGCUGAUCACAACCGAAGAUUUCACCUGGUUUUCGGACUUCGAAUCCCCCUCUUCCACGAUGCUGGAGAGCCCGAUUUUCGCGGAGAACAAUGUCAGAGACGCCGACGUGGCGAUGUUCUUCCCGAUGAGGGAAGAGGAUGAAUCGCUGUUCGCCGAUCUCGGGGAGUUGCCGGAGUGUUCUCUUGUGUUUCGGCGAGGGGUAUUGGAGAUGGAGGAGGAGCGCCGACGGUGUACGGUACCCAUGUGUGGGACCACAAGCUGAGAUCGGUUGACACGUGUGGCCGCCCCUCAUUUGUCUCUUUCAAAUGCGGGUCUUAUUUUAAUCCUCGGAAGCGCGUACCGUGCGCCACCAGAUACUGCCAAAAAGAAAAAAAGAUUUUUAUUUCCAAUUUUUAGUUUUAUUUUUGUGUAUUUUUUUCAUCUUUUGCCUUGAUUUCAGUGUAGUUUUAGCGGGAAAAAACAAAUAAAAUCGGAUUCUGGAUUCCAGAUUCUGUCUU